AUGCUGCUGGCCGUGCUGCUGGCCGCGCUGGGCGCCGCCCGCGCUCUCUCCACGUGCCGCACGCUGGACCUGGAGGCGGCGCGGCUCAAACGCAUCGAGGCCGUGCGGGGACAGAUCCUGAGCAAGCUGCGACUGCCGGCACCGCCCCCGGACCCCGAGCCCGAACCGGCACCGGGGCUGCCCGACGACAUCCGGGCCCUCUACAACAGCACCCGCGAGCUGCUGCGCCAGAGAGCGCGGCUCCGGCAGCCCGAGGACCCGCAGGAGUACUACGCCAAGGAACUGCUGAGAUUCCCCAUGGAGACACCGGGAGAGGGUGACACGCAGCGCUGGCUCCCCACGCCCCGCAGUUUGUUCUUUGUGUUCAACGCCUCGCGGCUGCGGGCGGGGCUGGGCCGGGCCGAGCUGAGCCGGGCCGAGCUGCGCAUGCUGCGACAGGGGACGGCAGCCGGGACAGCCGGCGUGGAGCAGAGAGUGGAGCUCUACCAG